GUUGUUCGAUCUGGUGGACAAGGAGGAGCAUACACAAGUGAUCCCAGAGCCUGCCACUCCAGAGCAAUCCGAGGAGUCUGAUUACGAUGAGGAUGAGCCACAAACGGCGCACAACGAGGUCAUCAACAAGAAGAGGUACACAACUCGAUACUCUGAGGCCACGACAGAUGUAACGACGCAUGCUUUGAUCACCUGGCUCACAGUGCACAUCGGCCGAAUCAAAGUCACCAAACGUCAGGAACUUGCGGAUUGCAGCUUGUCAGGAGAUUUGAAGUUGCGUUCAGCCCUCACCAGGCGGGCUUUGGCAUACGAGCUGGCAGGAAUCGCUUCGUUCUUGACAUUGGAGAAAUGGUCAAACAUGCUGUUCGAGAAACUCCAAACUGAUCCACCGCCAGGUUAUCGAUUCGUGAAUCAUGAACAGCUGAUUAGAGCAGAUAAAGCACUGUGGCUCAAAGUCGCCGAGGAAACACGUGCCAGAGUACAAACAGGAGCAACGUUGGCAAAGCCUGUCGAUGUUGCAAUUGAGAAGUGGUGCAUUCACCCUGAGGUCCAGCUGUACCUUAUGAACAUGCCGUCGAAUUCAUCAGGCGCGACCACGGUGCCGCCGAAGACAGAUCCCCCAGUGCUUAAAAAGCCACCUAAGACAGUGCUUAAAGACCAGACAGAUAAGACUGUCAAAGGGAAGUCA